GCAAAAUGUCGAUCGAUCCUGCCCUUCCUGUUGCAUCUUUUGCAUGGGAUAUCUUGAAGCGGGUAGUUGUUCCCGUCAAGCGCCAAUUCGGAUACGUGAUCUCCUCCAAGAGCUACGCCCAGGAUCUUCAGAAGGAAGUCGGGAAGCUGGCGUACGAGGCUGAGAGGAUCCACAAUGCCGUCGAAGUGGCCAGAAACAAUAUUCGGAUGGUCUACAGUCAAGUCACCGAUUGGCACGAGAGUGCAGAGAAGGCCUUGAAGGAGGCGGGAGAGCUGUUGGGAGAGUUUGAAAAGGCGAGCAAGAGUUGCUGCUACGGGACUCUUCCCGACCCCAACUGUCGCUAUCAGUUCAGCAGAAAGGCCAAGGAAAAGAUCGAGCUCCUUCAGCGACUCGCUCGAGAAUGCAGUGAAUUCAAGGAUAUUUCCUUCAGUGGUCCUGCUCCGGGGAAUGUGGCUGCUCCGACUCCGGCCAGGAGAGAAGGCAAAGAUGUCGUACAGUCGACCACCGCGGUGGCCUCAGCUCCUUUUGCCUCGAUGUCAAUUAAGCUUAAGGACGACGGGAUGGUCCAAUCCAGAGAAUUGAUCAUGCAGGAGAUCAUGGCUGCUCUUGCUGAUAACAACAAUAGCGUGGUCGGGAUUCACGGAAUGGGCGGGGUCGGCAAGUCCACCCUAUUGGACGACGCCGAAAGGAGGAUAAAGAAAGCGAAGUUGUUUGAUUGGGUCGCUAAGGCCGACGUGUCGGAAAAUCAAGACAUCAAGAGGAUUCAAGGAGAGAUUGCGCACGCGUUGGACCUGGACAUAAAGGAUGUGGAGUACGUCAAUUCGCGAGCGGAACGUCUGCGCACGAGGUUGGAAAAGGAGGUGAGGGAGAAGAAGAAGGUGCUCAUAAUACUGGACAACCUGUGGAAAGGGCUUGACUUGAAGUCAGUAGGCAUUCCUUGCGGACACGACAACAAAGUCAUAGGAUGCAAGUUGCUGUUGACUUCAAGAUUCCAAGAUGUUUUGAGUAGGGGUAUGGGCUGCGACAGGGACUUCCUCCUCGAUGCGCUGAAGGAGGAAGAGGCAAAACGACUGUUUGAGAGGACGGUGGGCGACAAAGUUCAUCACGAUCCAUUCAAAUCCUUGGUGGAUGAAGCACUCAACAAAUGUGCAGGUUUGCCUUUCCUAAUUAUUGCAAUGGCGAAUGUUUUUAGAGACGCGGAUUUUCGCGAAUGGAAGGAUGUUUUGAGACAAAUCGAGAUGUCUACAAACAGAGGACUCAGUGAGACGAUAAACGAGAUGUUGCAGUUGAGCUAUGAUCGUUUCAAAGGGGAGGAUGGCAAGGAGGUGAAGUCAUUGUUACGCCUAUGUGUUGUUUAUGGUGUCUCUAAGCCCUCUCUUGAAAACUUGGUGAGGUAUGGCGUGGGUUCGAGGUUAUUUCGAGAAGAUAGCAGCAUGGAAGAAGUGAGAGACAGGUUGAGCUCACUGAUCCGAACCCUGAAAGCCUCAUCCUUUUUGUUAGAAGACAAUGAAGAUGUUGAUGGUUUCAAGAUACACGACUUGGUUCGUGGAUUCGUUGCCUCGGUGGCUUCAAGAGAUGACCCUCUUCUGGUGUUGAAAAAUCACGAUAAGUCGGUGAUAGAGUUGCCGAAGGACAAGCUGAAAAGUUGCACAUCGGUAUGCUUUCCCUACGUCGACAUGGAGGAGCUUCCUGAAGAGUUAGAUUGCCCUGAAAUGCGGAUCUUUUUGUUGUUCACAAACAAUGAAUCUCUUAAGGUCCCAGGCUCAUGUUUCAACUCUAUGAGAAAACUCAUGGUCUUACAUCUUUCUCGGGUGCGGCUCACUCGUUCACCUUCGCCAUUCCAGUUCUUGGAGAACUUACACACUCUGUGCCUAAAUGAUUGUUCGUUAGAGGAUGUAGCCAUGAUCAGCGAGCUAAAACGGCUAUGUGUUCUCAGCUUUGCGAACUCCAAAAUUCAACGAUUGCCAAAAGAAAUUGGACUAUUGGUGGAGCUGCGGUUGUUAGACUUAAACCAUUGCUCAAAACUUGAGAUAAUUGAACCGGGUGUGCUUGGGAGCUUGAUGAAAUUGGAGGAGUUGUAUAUGGAGAAUAGUUUUGAUCGUUGGAAUGCCGUGGAGCAAACUCCACCCACUAAUGCCGGUCUUAUUGAGUUGAAUAACUUGAAGAAUCUCUGCACUUUGCAUGUGUCCAUUCUCGAUCCGAGUGUGCUCCCGGAGGAUCUAAACGUCGAGAAACUAACCAAGUACCAAAUCUGGAUAGGUGAUGUGCCACGCGGGCGAAGUCGCAAUGUGUCGAGCACAUUGGAGCUGUCGAGCAUGUUGGAGCUUCAGUUGGAUCCAAUGAGCGAUAUUCUUCGGAAAGGAUGCAUACAGACUUUAUUAGGCAAAACCGACGGUCUCUUUUUAGACGGAUUAAAUGGAAUUGAGCAAAGUAUUUGCGCGUUAUCGCAGAAAGGCUUUCCGAAAUUAAAGCACCUACAGGUCGAGAAUAGUCCCUCUGUCCAUCACGUCCUCCAAUUACCAUCGCAUACAGAGUUUAAGAUGUUGGAGUCAUUAUUUUUCGAUAACCUCAUCAACUUGGAAAAGAUAUGCAGCAACCACAUCUCCUCCAAUUCCUUCAGUGCAUUAAAGGUAGUACGAGUUGAAAACUGUGACAAGAUGGAAGUUUUGUUUCCUCUUUCAUUAUUGAGAGAACUUCCACACCUUGAAGAGAUCCGAGUUGUCAGUUGUCACUUAAUGCGGGAGAUUGUAGAAGUGGAUGAUUGUGGCAAACUUGAGUUGCGGAAUUUGCAUGUCUUGAAAUUGCGUGAUCUGCCGAAUAUGAAGAACUUUUGCGCCGCCGGGAUGGCUCCUUCAAGUUGUACAUCAAAUGACCAUGUUGGCACUCAAGUUGCAUUCUUCAACGGGCAACAGGUUUCAAUCCCAUCCUUGGAGUCCUUGACAAUGGUUGGACUUCCCAAUCUGGAAGAUAUAUGGACCGAUGAAUCUCCGUUGGGGCUGAGCAGUCUCCAAUCUCUUGAGGUCUCUUCAUGCAAAUCUCUCUCAAAGGUCAUCAACUCCAGGUCACUAGUAAAACUACAAAAGCUACACACUUUAAAGGUAGAACAUUGCGUUGCGGUCCAAGAAAUUUUUGACCUCGAUGGACUAGGCGCCGAUGCAAAUAUUGAGACUCUCUCUGAGCUAAACACCAUCUAUAUAGAGAGAUUACCAAGCUUGAGGUGCAUAUGGAAUAAGAAUCCUUGUGGAAUUGUGAGAUUCCAUAAUUUAAAGCAAUUGAAGGUGUUUGGCUGUAACAACCUCGGGUUUCUGUUUUUCCCAUCCAUGGUUCAAUCUCUCCUACAAUUGAGAGAACUAGAGGUACAAGGUUGCAACAAGAUGGAGGCGAUUGUUAUAGAGGAUGAAGGGUUGAGAAUAGAAACAUCAGAAACUCUAGUAUUCUCGAUGUUAACCAAUUUAUGCGUUGCAGGUUUGGAAAGUUUGACGUGCUUCUCUCGCAGAAAGUGUUCACGAGAAGCUUGGAGUGAGGAUCGUGUCAAGUCAUGCUAUACUACCCUCUUCAAUCAAGAGGUCGCGUUUCCUAGCUUGGAGACAUUAGGCAUCUGGAAUAUGGAUAGCAUUGAGACAAUAUGGGACAAUCAAGUUGCUACGGAGUCUUUCCGCAAACUAAAGUCACUCAGCGUUUGUGGAUGCGACAAGCUAGUGAACAUUGUUCCUUCUCACAUUCUUGGACGGCUUAAGAGCUUGGAAAGUUUGGAUGUAGAAUCAUGUGAUUCGCUUGAAGUUGUUUUCAAACUGCAGCCAUUGAGUUCUCUAGAUGGACAUCCCAUUGCUCGUUUUCCAUUAAAAAAGUUGGAGUUAUGGGAAUUAUCAAAGCUAAAGCGUGUAUGGGAUAAGGAACUUCACAGUCAAGUCAAAUUCCAGUGUCUCCAUUCCGUUACCGUUUCCAGUUGCGAGAGCCUCACCUCUCUGUUUCCAGCUUCAUUAGCUCGAGAUCUAAUGCAACUUGAGGAGUUGAAGAUCAAUGGAUGUGGUGGCAUUGUGGAACUCAUCGAGAAGGAAGGACUAGUUCCCAGGGAUGUGUUCCCUAAGUUAACCUCCCUCGAGCUUAACCAUCUACCAGAGUUGAAAUGCAUCUACACAGGAACACAUGCUUUACGUUGGCCGGCAUUGAAGAUCUUGAAGGUGGAUGGCUGUAGCAAAGUGGAGAUACUUGCUUCGCAACUUGAGAAUGAGAUGCCACCUCAUAAACAACCUCUCUUCUUGAUAGAAAAGGGCGCAUUCUCAAAUCUGCAAGAGUUAAAAUUGGAUUUAUGUGGACGGAUGGAGAUAUGGCAUGGGCAUUCUCAUGACGGAGAAUUCUUCGGCAAGGUUAGAGUUCUCGAGCUUCAUCAUUUCUCGAAGGAAUCUGCAAUAUCCACAUGUGAUCUUGUUCAGAGUUUAGCCAACUUGCAAGAGCUGGUUGUACGCAAUUCUGAUAUAGAAGAGCUGAGCAACAUUGUGGAAGCCAAAGGAGGCCCAAGGCACGAGCUAAAAGUAAUACCACCAUUUUCCAGAUUUUUUCAACAUCUCAAGACUCUAGAUGUGUCAUUUUGUGAUGGGUUAUCAAAGAUGUUCACACCGACAAUAGCUGGAAAUUUGGUGGAACUCACGAAAUUGAGGAUAAGUAAAUGCAAAAUGUUGACAGAAGUCAUUUGUGACGAUGGAGGUGAGGAGGGGCUUGUGGUGGUUUUCAAUCAAUUGAAGUAUAUGGAGCUUGAUGGGUUGACGGGGCUGAGAUGUUUCAGCUCAAAUAAAUGCACUUUGAUGUUCCCACUCUUGGAAGAUGUCAUUGUGAGUGGAUGUCCCAACAUGAAGUCCUUCUCUGAGGGACCAAUAAAUACGCCAAAGUUGGAGAGAGUACAAGCAUCAACAGAAGCGUGGUUUUGGAAGGAAAACCUCAACAUCACCAUCCAAAAUAUGUUUAAAGAAAUGGCUACUGUUGCUGGAGUAAAGUCGAUGCGGCUGUCUGAGUUCCCUGAGCUAAUUGGAAAAUGGCAUGGCGAACUUAUUCCCAUCAAGCCCUCUUGGCAAUUAGAAUCACUGGUGGUGGAUAAAUGUCCUUUAUUUACUAACGCUAUUCCAUCCAGAUUGAUACCUGUUUUAAAUGAAGUGCAAGGAUUGCAAGUGCGCGAUUGCGAGUCGCUAGAAGAAGUAUUCAAUCUUGAAGGGUUAGAGGGCGUGCGAAGCACUCGGGUGCUACCUAGUUUACGACAUCUAGACUUGGUCAAUCUGCCAAAGUUGUGGCGACUAUGGAACAACCACCUCCGAGGGAUGCUGCGCUUCAAUAUGAUAUUUACCCUCACCCUUUAUAAAUGCAGCAACUUGAGACAUGCUUUCACUCCAUCGAUGGCUCGGUAUCUUGCCGGUCUGCGGUCGAUGGACAUAAAGGAGUGUGGUCAAAUGGAAGGAGUGAUCGCAGAGGAAGAAGGGCAAGGAAGCGCAGUGGCGAAGAUUAUAUUCCCGAAUCUUUAUCGGAUGGAACUGGAAUGUUUGCCUAAUAUCACUAGUUUUCUCUCGGGGAAGAAUCAUCGUCUGGAGUGCCCUAGUUUAGAAAAGUUGACCAUUGCCUACUGUCCCAAGAUGAGAAGCUUAACUAGGCAACCUUUGAUGGAGAUAGGCCACCGCACUUCUUCACUUUUUACUCCACAGAUAGGUGCCACCACUAACUAA